UCGAAGGCAUCACCUCUCAAACCACGUCCCGUCUCGCCCGCACUUCCACCCGAUUCACCAGAUGCGACACAAACGAUCUUCCUCAACCACCCCUCAGCACGACUAUCCUCCAGUCCAGCCUCGUCGCCUCGCAUUGUCGACCCUCCACCUAAGCGACACGGAUCAGUACAUCCUGCAAUGAGCGGGGCUGGGGGAAUGGGCAGGGACCCUGGUGCCAACUUCUUCGAUGAUGGGUCGUCUGAAUCGGAGUGGGAAGACAGUGACGGAGAGGUGACACAGACUUUCUCCGAAGCUGAGGGCUUGGGAUUGAGGAGUCUAGUCAAAGGAAUUUAUGAAGAGAGGCAUGGGUCGAGAGGUAGAGGUAGAGCUAGGAGUCUUGUGACUACUCUGCCGUCCUUUACUUCACUUCCAGUCCAUGACUCUGGGCUUGGUACGGAGAAUGACCAACUCUCAAGUUCAGUCGAUAACAAAGGCACAAAGAGAGCACGUAAGAUGUCGCUCAAACGGCUAGGCAGAGAUAACGUACGCCUUGUACAUACUCGCUCCAACUCCGGUACACCAAGAGGCUCCUUGGGGAGUAACAUCUCGGACGUCAAUUCACCCCUCGCCGAACUUCCUAAGCCGUUGCCAAAUAUGAGAUUCAGCGACGUAACCCCUGGCCUGCUGAGUAGUGACGGCUUCAAGGGCCACCACAGGAAGAAUACGUCCGACAGUGCCAUCGCAGACUCGAUCAUUGGCGCACAUGUUAUGACAAUGCGGGCGCUCGAGGCACUUUCGCCAUCCGCUAGCUUGUCACGAGCACAAGGUCGAUCGUAUGCGCACUCCGGUACCACUUCCGAAUUCCCAAGGUUGUCUUCCUUUACGGCCGAUCGGCGCAUCAAGAUCUCACCAUUAUCGAUAGUCGACCGCGAACGCCCAGCUCAUCUGCCGAGUCAUUUCAUCAAAACGCCGUAUCCUUUUACUGCAAAGAAGGAAUUUCCAAAGCCUAAGACAAGGCCGAGGCAGUCCGGGCAAAAUGAAGAUGGUCGAGGUGCAGGCGGGUUUGAGAGAUUGGACAGUGACUACAGCGAACCAGAUUUCAAGACCGAGUAUGAUGAUAGGAAAGGCAAGCACCUCCAGGGCUUGAUUUCCAGUGGAGGGGAAUAUGAUCUACGAAGUCGAUUGGAGAGAAAUGAAUAUGCACAAGGAGUAAUCAGAAAUCAGACCGGUUCAGGGAAAGAAAAUGCAGAAAGGGUUGUCUGGCUAAGCUUGCAAAAAAGAGCAUGGAGAAGGCGCGGCGGAGAAGACGCGAGUAACGACUUGGUGCGAAUCGAUGUACCAAGUGAUUUGACGACAGUCAGUCCAAUUCGCCACGGGAGGACGACCAGGAAUACCGGAGAAAUCGAAUUCGACGAUAGAUUUUUCGCUGAACAAUUAAGAGCUGGUUACCACGAGCUUGCUGGGGGUUGGUUUGCUCGGGCAUUCAGCGCACGUAAACUUUGUCGCAUACAACUUGGACUGGCAAGUACUUGGAGCGGCUCUACAUCCCAAGAUUCGGUCAGAGGAACGGCAGGACUUCUAGAAAAGGGGGAAGGCAUCGACAGCUGUUCUGAUACAAGAUCGCCUUUCACCGAAGAUGGGCUGCUGAAGUUAUAUAAGAAGCCACUCGCCGGAAAGGCAAGGUACACAUGGGUCCAUUGGGCCCGCCGCGUCGCAGCAUCAAAUGACUCUCGACGACCACCACCUUCUCGGCAAUCGACUCGUCCAUCUCGCAGACGCGCAAGAAGUCUUGACUCUCCACAAAUGGAAGACGAGAAGAUAUCUUGUGGGGCUUAUCUACACGAAGAACUUCACGCAGCACCCGACACCGUCGCUACGAUCCAAUUCGUCCACUCACUAUCAACACUCCGUGUUCUCUCUGCACUCACACUGAUGCUGACUUUAAGUGUACUAGCGGCGCUGCUGUGGAUCUGCAUGGGCGCAGCUGGCACGGGUUGGAGAUUGACGCUGAGCAGGGAGAGGAGCGAUCGAGUGGGAAGUGGCAUGGCGAUUGGGAUCUUGGUGCUACUAUUUGAGGCGCUGGGGUUUGUUGCGUGGGUGCUAUUAUCAUAA